AUGCUGCUGGCGCUGCCGCCCCGGAACGUGGACUUCGACGACGAGGCCGAGAUGCGGCGCGUCUUCGCGCUCGCCUACGACGUGUUCCGGUAUAAAAUCGUUUUACAACAGGCGUUGGGCGACUGUCGUUUUUUCGACCAGUUCCCUCAGCACGCGGCCGACCCCGCGCGCGCCUGGCUGCUGCUGUUCGACCUGCACAAGCGGCAGUUCCGGCCGCGCGAGGCCAUGGAGCUGCACAUGCCGCCGCCCCCAGGGGGCUUCGUGCCGGGGAUGAGCCGCCAGGCCCUGGUCAGCGCGGGGCUGGCGGAGAUGGACGACGACCUGUGGGAGAUGCGCGUGCACCUCGCGGCCGCCCUGGCCAGGCUGCGGGUGAAGCGGCGCGCGCUGCGGCUGUCGCAGCUGCUGCCGCCACACCUUCAGGACGGCCGCAUCGUGAACCACGAGGACGCGCUGGUCACCGGCUGGGUCAACACCUUCAGGAGCAGCAAGCAGCAGGUGUGCGCGGGGCUGGAGCGCCAGGGCCUGCGCCUCGUGGACGACGGCCCGGCCGGGCGCGCGCGCACCGUGGACGCGGCCAGGGAGGGCGCGGCCUCCGUGUCGCACGAGGACUUCCGCUUCGACCCCGUCGUGCCCAACGUCAUCGUCUGCCACCCCGAGCAGCGCGACGACCUCGCGCAGGCCGCCAUCGUGCGCAAGUGCUACCUCGUGCUGCAGGACAGGGCGUUCUGCUUCGGGCCGGCCAUGGUCAGCAAGUUGCUCUCCGACUACGACCUGACGGGCUGCGUGGCGCAGACGCACAUCCACUCGCCGCGCUCCACGGCCUACCUGGCCGCCAUCCUGGCCGACAACGUCAAGGUGGACACGCUGCUGGCCUUCGGCGCGGGCCCUCGCAAGCAGCAGUACAAGGCGUACUUCCGCAAGCUGGGCGUGACCAACGCGGAGGUGUUCGAGGAGCGCUUCCUGGACGCGGCGGCGCAUGACGGCGGCCUCCUGGACAACGUGGUGGCCGUGCUGGCCACGCCGCCCAACUCGUACUCGGCCGUCACGGACCCCGUGGACCUGGUGUGCAGCCGCGGCGGCGACCUGGCCAUGCUGCACCAGCUGACGGAGCCGGAGGGUCCUGGCGGCGGCGGCGGCGGCGCGGGCAGCGGCAUGCUGCAGGAGCAGGCCGCCACGCUGCGCCUGGCCAUGGCCAAGCCGCAGGUGCAGUUCGUGGUGUACGAGACGCACUCGGUGUACUCGGUGGAGAACGAGCGCCUGGUGCGCCGCCUGGCCGAGCAGAACCUCCCCGGCGUCGCCAAGAGCAACCAGAACCAGGGCGAGAAGCGCGCCAAGCAGCCCAAGGCCAAGGAGGCCGACAAGGACGACGCCGACAACCCGGCGGCCAAGAAGAAGCGCAAGUCCGGCAAGCAGGCCUCCAAGGAGCCGUCGGCGGCAGCCACCCCGGCAGCCACCGCGCCCGCCACGCCAGCGCCCACGGCGGACGCCACCGCACCAGAAAACCCCGAAGCGGCUGACGCUCCUGCAGACACUGCUGCGACCACCGCAGGCGAAGCACCUCAAGGAGAAGCCACGUCCACAGAAGGCAGUGCUCCUCCUGCAGUUGGCACCGAGGCGUCCCCGUCGACCGAACAGCAGGGCGACGAGAAGCAGCCGACGGACGCCGGCAAGGCGGAGGAGGCCAUGGUGAGGGUGGCGCAGGCGUCGCAUCUCAUGGCGGUGACACUCGGCGUCCUUGUCUCACGCCUUGCCCUCCAGGUGCCGGCGUGCGACCUGUUCGAGAUCGGCCACCUGCCCGACAUGUGCCCGCACAGCGACAGCUGCCUGUCCAUGGGCGAGGAGGGCUGCUUCCUGGCGCUCAUCAAGCGCAAGGAGAUCGUGCGCAUGGACGCCAACUACAUGAUCAAGAUGGCCGAGGCCCGCGGGCUGUUCGGCUGCGCCCCGGGGGUUCGGCGGUACAUCGCGGCGAUGCGGGCGGGCUCGGCCGCGGGCUGGCAGUACCUCCUGCGGCUCGGGCCCAUGCUGGGGCCGAUGCUGGGCCCGGACAGCGGCAGCGGCUCUAAGGGCAUCUUCCGGCUGAGCCGGUCCGCCCCCGCGGGCCCCGCCCCCGAGCAGCCCCUGUGCUCGCUGCACCGCCACCCCUUCCCGCUGCGCGUGUGCCUGCUCGAGUUAUGA